GCGGCAGCGGCGUUGGUGGCGGGAGCGCGGACACGCGUCCCCCGUGCCGGGGGGCUGCGAGGCUGUAGGGCUGUGCUGCUCCCCAUCGGGGCCGGGGAUGGGGGGCUGGCUCGGUAGGCUGCGUGCUGGGACACGCGUGGCUUUGCAGGAACCGGCUCUGGGUGAUUCCCUUCUCAAUGCGACAGAGAGGGACUGCGAUGGUGAUUACUGCUCCCUGUGAAGACUUCUGCCAGUAUACUGAGUCAUCAUUGUUUUUCUUGUGGGGGCAGCGCACGGGCUGUCCUGGAUUCUAUCCCACUGGAGAUCAUCGCCAUCAUGAUUAGUUCGAUCAUUCACCUUGGCACUGUAUCAGGAAAUGGACUGGAACCAGUUUGACUUGAACCCUAAAGUAAUUGCUGCCCUUAAGAAAGCUGACAUAAAAUCAGUAAAAGAGAUUUUAAAUCUUUCUGGAGCAGACUUGCAAAGGCUUAUGAAGCUAUCCAGUGCAGAUAUACAGUGCUUGCUGAAAACAGUCUCUCUCACACUGAGGAGAGACAGUAUGCUUACAGCACUUCAGCUCUACCAAGAUAAAGAUCAUCUCACUUCCCAACACCAGAAGCUAAGCCUGGGAUGUUCAGUACUAGAUAACUUGUUAAAAGGUGGCAUUCCUUUGGUGGGAAUCACAGAACUUGCUGGUGAAAGUUCUGCCGGGAAGACUCAGAUUAGUUUACAACUGUGCCUUUGUGUGCAGUAUCCUUACAAGUACGGUGGACUAGAGUCUGGAGCUGUCUACAUUUGUACGGAAGAUGUAUUCCCAAGUAAACGUUUACAACAACUCAUAGAACAACAACACAGGCUGCGCACAGAUGUUCCAGCUGAAAUUGUACGGAAGAUCAGAUUUGGAAACAGUAUUUUUGUUGAGCAUGCAGCAGACUUAGAGGCCUUUCACAAGUGCAUUACUAAGAGGAUUUCCCUACUGCUCGCAAGAGGCAUGGUGCGGCUGGUGGUCAUAGACUCUAUUGCUGCUUUGUUUCGAUGUGAAUUUGGAGUGUCAGAUUCUGUUACGAAGGCUCAGUAUCUGCAGACAUUUGGAGCACAGCUUCACAGUUUAAGCACUAGAUUCAGGACUCCAAUAAUGUGCGUUAAUCAGGUGACUGAUGCUGUGAGCGAGUUGGAAGCUGCUCAGUGCGGUUGUAGCGUAGUGGAUAAGAGAGUCUGUCCAUCACUUGGAAUAACCUGGGCAAAUCAACUGCUAAUGAGACUGAUGGUCAGCCGGAUACCACAGCCUGUGCGAUCAUCUGGAGUUGCAUCACACCCAACUGGAAAUGUGAGGACUUUACAAGUAGUUUUUGCUCCUCAUCUCCCUCCAUCCUUCUGCUACUAUACAGUAAAAUUGGAAGGUGUAAAAGGAAUAAAAUAAAUCCUUUGCAUAGUAAAGCAUCUUGCUCCAAAAAUGUGUCAAAGCUACUUCGCUUCAGGAAGAAUUACUAGUAAAAUGGAGAUCUUCCCAGAUGAGGGAAGUGGAUGCUGAAAUACAUAAACAGUGAUAUGACUACAUUAAGCCUUGUCUACAUUUUGUACUUGGAUAUACGUUCAUCAGCUUUUCCUUGGGAGAGAAGUUUUCUGAAGGAGAGUAAAGCUAUGGGCAGGUGGAGGCUGUGCAAUGAAGAGAGAUGUGGCAAUUCCUGUGGUAGGGGAGACUUGAUUUCUGAUUUAAUCACAUGCUAAUCUAGAAAGAGCAUUUACUGUAAUUGUAUACCUCUCUAUUCCAGACCCAAAGGGACUCAAAUUCAACCAGAUAAUAUUGCCUGAUGCUGUUUCUAGUCCUCGUGCUGCCAUUACAUAUAGCCAUUCUUCUGUCUGCAGGGUCUCAGAAAUAACACAAAGCAGCUCUGUCAAAGCACAGCUCUGUCUCAAAGCAGCUAUCUGAUUUUAAAACCACUUGUUAUUAAUAUUAGGACUAAAAACAUAAAACAUAUAGCAGAAGGAUACUUGAUUUUAACAUCCUGCUGUAACAGUGCAGUGCUUUUGUACUGUAUGGGCAUAUCUAGCUUCAUGGAGCUUCUAAAAAUUCUUCUGAAAUGGUUUUUUUUUCCCACCGUUUUCUGGGUUCUCAGUGCCUUCCCCUUGUAGCAAAAGCCUCUUUAGCCUCUUCCAUUUAAAAAAAUAGCAAACCACACCCCUCCGCAUCUCUUUCUUCUGUUUGCCGAUUACUGAAGCUGUAUUAAAAGGCAGUUUCAGAGCAAGGGGGCUCUGUUCAUGUUCUUCUCAAUACCCUGCGCUGCUCUGUGUUCCGUUGGACCUGGAGAGCAUUCUUGAUUGGCUUCUGGCUGGCUGCCUGCCUCGAGUGUCUUCUGUCCUUACUGCCAGGCUUUUAGCUGAAUUGUGCCUCUGAAGGGCACCUUUAGCUGUUUUCAUCCAUCCAUGGAGCUAUUGCUCUUCUCAGGUUUAUGUUGUUGUUAAACCUUUACAUGGUGGGGUUUUUUUCAGUCUUUGUACUGUUCAUCACAUCUUUUUCUGUUGCCCUUAGACUGCUGCUGUGACGUGCUUUUUCUUGUCAUUGCUGCAUUUUGUGUGAAAGAAAGCGAGAUGAAGUUACUCAUGCAUGUUUCUCGAAGGCCUUAGACCUUGCUUGGCCUGUGUUGCGUGGGUGCCUGCUCCUAUCAGUGUACGAUGCUCACUUGUAUCACGUACCUGAGUCCAUUUUUCUGUGUAGUUACAUUGCUCAGUUCUGGUUUUGGGCAAAUGAGAACCUUCCAUAAAUAUCAGUCCAGGGGAAUAACGAUCACUCAGUAAAAGAAGUCCACACGUGCUCCUUUCGCAUUCUUCAGGUACACUGUAUUAGUGACAUGGUUGCUGCCUCUGCCUUUCCCCAGUAAUGCUCAUUAAGCAUCUAGUACAGCAGCCAUUCUUUCCUUGUGGAAGCAUGCAGCUGGGUAGCAGAAAGGCAAAUUUCUGUCUAGCUGUACAUUGGAACUCUCUGGUAGAAGGCUUCUCCGAGGCUAAUGGAGUACAACACAACUAACACAAGGAGAAGACCCAGGAAGACAGGGACUGUAUGACUGCCUUGGGGAAGUUCUUGAGGACAGGCACAAUCACACCUUGGAGCUGAAGAAGGGAAACUCUUAAGCAAGCAGGAAGGAUGAGUUGCCUUCAGUGCGUUCCAAAAUACCUUCUAUCAUCGAAGGGGACUUUGUGUGAAUAGUGUAACAAAUCAUCUCUAAAUCUCUUUUCUAAAAUGUCUUCUAUCCCCUGUACUUGGAAGCACCCAUGUUAUUUGGCGGUUUUUAAUAAAAUACAACCAUGAACCUGUCUUUGUGUACUCCAUGUAAGGAAACAGCGAGCGUGCUGUAGCUCAGAGCCAGAGCUACCUCGUCUUCGAAUCCCCAUGUUCCACACCUAACAAUUUUAAUGAAGAUAAAUUAAUGCUGCAUGGGUAACUCUCUAAUUAUUUUCUUCCAUUCCUUGCAUGUUUAUGUGGGACAGGGACUUCGGCCAAUAUGUUGUUCAUCCUGUUGUACUAAUCUGACUUAAUCUGACUUAAACGAAAGCUAGAGAUGGAUGUGACUGAUGAAGGGGAGCCAGUCAGUCCCUACCUGGUCCUGCAUUUACAGAAGAUCCUCAUCAAAGCCCAGGCUCCAGUCCCUGGAGCCCACCUCACUGUGAACCAUGUUCAGAACAGUCAGACACGUCUUAAGGCUCAAGGUUAUAUUUUGAUGGCUCUUUUCACAACCUGCAUGCUUGCAGGAAUGAGACCCAAGUUAAAGAGUCAUAGGUGGGUCUGUAGCCAGUUCACUUGAUGAAAGACACUUCUACCUACAAAUUUAAGUAAUGCCUAACCUGUGCAAGUUUUCCUGUCACCACCCAUGUUAUUUAACUCUCCAACUAGAGGCUUAAAUCUGAGUCAGAGAAUGUUACCGUAUGUUUCCUGGCUCGUCAUCAUGCACAAAUGAACCUGUAAACUUCAGCUGCCCCCCUGGCUUGCAGUCUGCAGUCAACCCCUGGCGGCAGUUGGAUGUUCAGCUGCGGCAUCUGCCCCUUCCUUCAGUUAACCCACACCCGCAGUCAGAAGUCGUGAAUGAUGUUCCUCCAGCACGAGUACAGCUUUGGGGCGCAAACCCUCACAGAGACUGAACGAAGCAUCUGCCCUUUUUGACGCCUUGCGUCAGAAGUGCUGAAACAUGCUUAAGUUUUAAUAAAUGCAAUCUAAGAAUGUUCCUUUUACAUGGUUUUAUUCAUCUUUGGAUUUCACACUGAGAUUUGUUUCUAUACGGGAAAAAACAUUGAAGUAUUUUUUACAAAAAAGGGUUAUGCUCUAGAAACUACCGAGUGCAUCUUCCUCAGCCUGCAAGGCUGCACUGAAAUAUUUUCCUACACUUUCAAAAGAAACAUUAAGUGACACUUGAGAAACAAACAGUUUCAAAUUUAUCUACAGAUCUGUGCUGAAUUUAAAAAGGCCUUUUUCAGCAGAAAGAUCGUAUCAGGCUCUGGAAACAUCGCUUUGGAAAAGCAGAACCAAAUUCAUUCGUGCUUGGUAAAGAAUUUACACAACUGACCUACUAACAAAACAGGUGUAGUAAACCACACUAACCAAUCCCAUUACAAAUUUCAUGAUGAAAUCACAGCAAAAUACUACCAUUUGUUACAAAGAACAUUUGUGGAAGUUUAUUUUCAACAGUUUUAUGGGGUAGACAAACAGGUGAACUCUGAAUGGGAUUUUGACUGUAACAGUUACAGCAGUUACGAGCAGUAACUUCACACGCAGAUAAAAUGCAGCAUCUUCAAGCCAGUCUUGGGUGGUUUAUUAUUUUUUUAAAUCAAACAUGAAUAGACAUUGAGGUGGGAGGGUUUUCCCCUCAAGAAGGAGACAUGAGCAUUACAAAUGGGUUUUCUGGUUUUGCUUGUUGUUGGGGUUUGGUUUUGUUUUUUCAAACCAGGCCCUGGGAAACAUAAAAUACCAAUCCUGAUUGCGUAGAACUCCUCUGGCUUAAUCACACUGUAACCUACCACCACUAAUGUAUAAUGCUUCAAGUACAUAAUUUAAAACUAAAGACUCAGUAACUUUCCACAUUUGAAUUGUGACUCGAGUAUAAAUAUAGGGAGCUGAAGGAUUGGUCUGGUUUUAAACACCACUUUACUAAGCUUGUUCCAUGCUGAAUACAAUUUUUAGUCUCUCUCUCAUGUGUGCCAGCACAACCAUUGCAGCAUCUUCAAGCUUUUGGAUGUAGCUGGAACAUCCUGAACUUCCAAUCUACGGUCUUCUACAUGGCUGCUUUUAAAUAAGGAAUAUAACUAAAGAACAGUUUUGCAGCUUCACAAUGAGUGUAACCCAACAACUCGGGCCUUCUGCCCUCUGUCAGAUGGCAGCACUGUGCUUUGCUUCUUGCUUUGAACCAAACGAUUCUAUAAUUCUGUGAUUCCGUUUGGGGUUUUCUUUUCCCAGAUGACUGACUUUUGACUAUUCAGUGUGCUGAGACUCUUGGGAAGGGUCUGGGGUGGGGAAUAAUCAAAUGUGGAUGUUCAAGAUUUCCCAUAAUUCUAAACUAUUUAAGAAAACCCCCACUUAACGUCUUUACCAAUACUUCCACAAGCCUGUGAUACUGUAAAGUUCACAGCAUCACACCUUUUUUACUUUUAUGCUCUCCCUACAGACCAACAUUACCAGAAAUGCAAUUCCCUUAGCAGCUUUCAGACAAAAUACAUGACCUGCAUAACAAAAACUAAAAUAACUUGAACUCAUCAAGUAUUGUAAACACACUUCCAAUGAAGUAGUGCACGUCCCUUUUACUACAUAUUUACAGCUGAACCACCCCUUUUUCAAAAUUACUGGAUUCAAAAGGUACAAUUUAAACACAAAUACUUCUCAACCCUAACUUGCUGCCACUCAGGAGGACUUGGUGGGGAGGGUGGGGGUGCUGUUUGUUUUAAGAAAAGGUACGAACUCUAGAUAAUGGUCAAUUGUUUUUCCAUUGUUUAAGUGCUGUGUUCUAUCACUUCAGUAUUACAAGCACAAACGUCACAGCAGUAGUUCAGUUAUUCCUCUAAAAGAGGAGCAAAUGAUGAAAGUGUUACAUUUUACAAUAAUAAGACCUAAACUCAAGACCAAAUACUGGCAAUAUUCCUCAAGACUCGUGCACAAUCGGACGGACCGAAGGCCAACAGACACCUUCCCAUCAGUAACAAUUCAAUACAUGAUUCAUCCUACAUGCAACCCUUGCUGGCUGAACACUCCACAAGAACAAGCCACUGCUCAUAGCAGAAUCACGAUCAACUGGCCUCAUCUGGAGUCCUUGUUAUGCUUUUAACAAAGUUCACCCUUCAAUAUUUUGGCAAGGACAAACAUGCUAGAUUAAAACCAAAGCUGCGCUACCAAGGUUGCAGCUUUCCUAAUUUUCAAGGUCUCUUGUAGUCAUCUGUUUCAUCAGGGCUGUCGAUUUAGUCCAGUACUGAAGAUACCCAAGAACUACACCACUGGGUAUUGUGGUUUUAUGCUUUCUGCAGACUGUUAGCCGCAACUGAAACAGAGGCAAUUCAAGAAGAGAAUCUUAAAAUAAAUGCCAACUGAGAAGCCCCUCUGAAAUCUAAAUGUACACUGACCAGCUCCUGACAACAACUAACUAAUGAUAUAAACAUAAUGCAGGUUGACCUUAAAAUUGGGCUUGUACUUUACAAGUUUUUCUCAAACUGCAAACAGCUCACUGCCUAUCAUUUAUGGAUUAGAGGAGUCUUGAAAUUUGUUUCUUCUCUGAAAAAUAAUUACAUUAUUAUAUUAUUAUAAUGUAAUUAUUGUAUUAUGAUAAUGUAAUAAUUACAUUAAGUGUAAGAACUGUUUAAUAAGCAGUAACUCAACAAUUUAAGCUUCCAACACACUUUAAAACACUGUAUAAAGUUUUAAAACAUUUAGAAGCACAGUAUUAGUAAUGCCACCAACAGCAAGAUCCUAAACAAGAAAGCUCCCUCACUGUCACCAUCAACAUACCGGGGUCUUGCAUUUUAAAUAUGAAUGCACAUUGUAAUUCAUCACAGUGAAAUAUUUUAUUGCUGUUUAUGCCAGU